AUGGCCUUCAACGACCUCCUGCAGCAGGUGGGGGGUGUCGGCCGCUUCCAGCAGAUCCAGGUCACUCUGGUGGUCCUCCCCCUGCUCCUGAUGGCCUCCCACAACACCCUGCAGAACUUCACCGCUGCCAUCCCCACCCACCACUGCCGCCCGCCUGCCGACGCCAACCUCAGCAAGGACGGGGAGCUGGAGGCCUGGCUGCCCCGGGACAGGCAGGGGCAGCCGGAGUCCUGCCUCCUCUUCACCAUCCCCCAACAGGGACCGCCUUUUCCCAACGGCACGGGGGCCACAGAGCCCUGCACCAACGGCUGGAUCUAUGACAACGGCACCUUCCCUUCCACCAUCGUGACUGAGUGGGACCUCGUGUGUUCUAACAGGGCCUUACGCCAGCUGGCCCAGUCCUUGUACAUGGUAGGGGUGCUUCUUGGAGCCAUGGUGUUCGGCUACCUGGCAGACAGGCUGGGCCGCCGCAAGUUGCUGAUCUUGAACUACCUGCAGACGGCCGUGUCAGGAACCUGCGCCGCCUUCGCUCCCAACUUCCCUGUCUACUGUGCCUUCCGGCUCCUCUCCGGCAUGUCGCUGGCUGGCAUCUCCCUCAACUGCAUGACACUGAAUGUGGAGUGGAUGCCCAUCCACACGCGGGCUUGUGUGGGCACCCUGACUGGCUAUGUCUACAGCCUGGGCCAGUUUCUCCUGGCCGGGGUGGCCUUGGCCGUGCCCCACUGGCGCCACCUGCAGCUCCUGGUCUCCGUGCCUUUUUUCGCCUUCUUCAUCUACUCCUGGUUCUUCAUCGAGUCGGCCCGCUGGUACUCCUCCUCUGGGAGGCUAGAUCUCACCCUGAGGGCCCUACAGAGAGUGGCCUGGAUCAAUGGGAAGCGGGAAGAGGGGACCAAGCUAAGUAUGGAGGUGCUCCGGGCCAGUCUGCAGAAGGAGCUGACCAUGGGCAAAGGCCAGGCUUCCGCCUUGGAGUUGCUGCGCUGCCCCGCCCUUCGCCACCUCUUCUUCUGCCUCUCCACGCUUUGGUUUGCCACUAGUUUUGCCUACUAUGGGCUGGUCAUGGACCUGCAGGGCUUUGGGGUCAGCAUCUACCUAAUCCAGGUGAUUUUUGGUGCCGUGGACCUGCCUGCCAAGCUUGUGGGCUUCCUUGUCAUCAACUCUCUGGGCCGCCGGCCUGCCCAGAUGGCCUCACUGCUGCUGGCAGGCAUCUGCAUCCUGGUCAACGGGGUGGUACCCCAGGAUCAGUCCAUUGUCCGAACCUCUCUUGCUGUGCUGGGGAAAGGCUGCCUGGCUGCCUCCUUCAACUGCAUCUUCCUCUAUACUGGGGAGCUGUACCCCACAGUGAUCCGGCAGACAGGCAUGGGAAUGGGCAGCACCAUGGCCCGUGUGGGCAGCAUCGUGAGCCCACUGGUGGGCAUGACUGCUGAGCUCUACCCCUCCGUGCCUCUCUUCAUCUACGGCGCGGUCCCCGUGGCCGCCAGCGCUGUCACUGCCCUCCUGCCAGAGACCCUGGGCCAGCCACUGCCAGACACCGUGCAUGACAUGGAAAGCAGGUGGGAGAGGAGAGGAAAGCCAAGGCGGCAGGAGCAAGAGCAACGGAAGAAGAUGGUCCCGCUCCAGGCCGCAGCACGAGAGAAUGUACUCUGA